CCAAUUGAGCCUUCCGUAAUCUCAUGAUGGCCCUGCGCCUGAUUAGGGCGUGAAAAUCAAUACGGCUACGGAACCGUAGUGUGCCUCCCAUGAAUAAGUUUAACCUAGCAUUUAAUAUUGCGUUUACUCAUAGUUAUCCGAGUCGGGUCAAAACUAUUUUGUGAAUAAUUUUCAUGCACAGCGAAGGCUUCGCUGUUACCGAAAAUAAUUGCAGGCAAUGUUAUUUAUAGCAUUUCGCGCGUCACCGAAUACAACGCGGUUUGGACUAAAAAAAAGAUAGAGAAAACCAUGCCGUGCAACGACCACCGAAGGUCAAUCUUCUUCGAACCAUAACUUCUGUAUUACUUCUGACGCAACGACGAAACAAUGAAAUGCUUUAAAAUUUAUUUCUACCGUUUAUUACGCUUUGUUCUUCGUGCAGUAAUCAAGCUUUGUGAUUGAAUUUUAUAUGAAAUAUCAUGUCACCGCUGACUCACAAACCCAAUUAAAUAAAAACCCAGUAGAAGGGUUUUCAGCAGGGCUCAUAGAUGACAAUGACAUAUAUCAGUGGGAAGUACUCAUUAUUGGACCUCCAGACACAUUAUAUGAAGGUGGGUUUUUCAAAGCACAUUUACAGUUUCCACGAGAGUAUCCACUUAGGCCACCAAGAAUGAAAUUUAUAACAGAAAUAUGGCAUCCAAACAUCGAGAAGAAUGGUACUGUAUGCAUAUCGAUUUUGCAUGAACCUGGAGAUGAUAAAUGGGGCUAUGAAAAAGCAUCAGAACGGUGGUUACCAGUUCACACAGUUGAGACUAUUCUCAUAAGUGUUAUUAGUAUGCUUGCAGAUCCUAACGAUGAAAGUCCUGCUAAUGUGGAUGCUGCCAAAGAGUGGAGAGAAAGUUACGCAGAAUUCAAAAGAAAGGUGGCGAGGUGUGUCAGAAAAAGCCAAGAGGAGUGUAUGUAGGAGAUGAACAAUUAUUCAAAUGGAAAGACUUAUUUAAUUCUGGGAAGCCGUAAGCACUGUAAGAAAGAAACCGAUGCUCAGCAUUAAGCUAAUGGAUAACAGUGCCACUAAAAACGGAUAUAGCCUGACCCAUUCUUAAGCAGAAAGAGGGAGGCAGAGAAUGUGUGAAAAUAAAAGAUAGUCACACAUCUCUAUGAAGUUUAUACCACCGCUACUGACGUACCAUCCAUUGAUACGAAGAACAUAAAGGAAAUACAUGCAGCUCACCUUUUACAUAAUAAACAACUAAAAAACUAAUUUACACAUAUACAUAAUGCAAAAAAAUUAUCUGUACGAUUAUUACCUUAAUAUUGAUAGUUAUAAACUUAACUUCCCUGUUCCUCCUGCUCAAGAGUUAGCCCCACCCUUUACACCUAAAAGCCUGUAAUUUAAAAUGUUUACGUUUAUUAUUGAAUAAUAAUUCCUUAGUGGCGUUUCGUAUUUUCUUACUUUCGUAAAUAUACAUAAAUAAAUUUUUGUAAAGUCAAAUACACGGUAUAUAUAUGCUACAAUCGUUAAAUGUAAUGCCAGUAAAAUAUGGAAACAAAAUAUAUGUGAAUUAAUUGUAACUGCGGCAAAUAUAAUGUCGAUUAAGCUGUACAAUCGCGGCUAUGUAAAGAAAUGUGAAAUUUCCGUUGAACCGUAAGUUGCCAAAAUAACGAAUUCUAAUUAAAGUGAUAAUAAUGCAAAUAACAAUAUUAUUAGAAAUAUACCAGUAAUUACAACUAGUAAACGUAACAUAAAAUUUCGUAUAUGGCUACAGAAACUUUGUACACAUUUUUA